UUGUGGUUUGCCUGAAAAUUAUUAAUUUAUUCCAUAGGUGUGUGUCUGUGUGUGUGUGUGUAUAUAUAUAUGUAUGAAUCACUUUCACAGCCUUCAUAAACUACACCCAGAAGAAAACAGUGUGCAUUGUCGGUUUAAUAUGAUGUUUCUCUCAUUAUUAAUCAUUCAUUAAUUGGUAUUUAGCUGGAGAUCGGUUUGUGUUAAUAGCUAGCUCUUUUAUUGUGUGAGAGAGAGAGAAAGAAAGAGAGAAGCUGUGGUCUGAGUAGAGAGAGUGAGUAUAUGGUGAAGAAAAUGAAGUUGGGUUGGAAGACUUGGUGGUCGUCUCUUCAUAAGCACAACCACUUGCUUGUGAAAUUGGGGGUUUCAAUUCUCUUUUUGGGUCUUGCUUUUAGACUCCUCUACUCUCGAUCCAAUGGGUUUUCGAAUGUUGCAGAAACCCCUUUUCUGGAGAAAAACAUGAACACACAACCACCACCACCACCACCACCACCACCACCAGUGCCUGUCGAUUUCCAGGAUUUCCAGGAAAGUAGAGAUCAGAUUGUUGCAGAAACCCCCUUUCUCGAGAAAAACGAGAGCGCACAACAAUCACCAGUGCCUGUGGAUUUCCAGGAAAGUAUAGAUCAGAUUACUCAUAAAGAAAAGUGUGAUCUUUUUACUGGAGAUUGGAUACCGAACCCGGCUGGUCCUGCUUACUCUAAUGAGAGCUGCCACGUCAUUGAAGCCCAUCAGAAUUGUAUGAAGAAUGGGAGGCCGGAUACUGGGUAUCUUUACUGGAGAUGGAAUCCGAGAGAUUGCGAGUUGCCUCAAUUUAAUGCACAACAAUUUCUUGAGCUGAUGAGAAACAAAGUGUGGGCAUUUAUUGGCGAUUCAAUAUCUCGAAACCACAUUCAGUCGUUCCUUUGCCUUCUCUCAAAGGAGGAACAAGCCGUUGAAGUUUACCAUGAUGAGGAAUACAGAUCCAAAAGAUGGAAGUUCCCUCGGCACAACUUCACUAUCUCAAGUAUUUGGUCCCCAUUCCUUGCAAAAGCUGCCAUUUUUGAAGAUAUUAAUGGUGUUUCAACAUCUGAAAUUGAGCUGUAUCUUGACAAACUCGACCCAAAAUUGACUGAUCUGUAUCAUGGCUUGGACUACAUGGUACUCUCAAGCGGUAAAUGGUUUAUCAAAACUGCUGUCUACCAUGAGAAUGGCAAAAUACUGGGCUGCCAUUACUGUCCUAAAAGAAACCUGACAGAGCUUGGGUUCAAUUUUGCUUAUCGCAAAGUCCUCAGGAAUUUGUUCGACUUCAUCAUCACAUCCAAUCACAAGGGAAUGAUAUUUUAUAGGACAACAACACCAGAUCACUUCGAGAAUGGGGAAUGGUUUAGUGGUGGGAGUUGCAGACGAACAACACCAGCCAAGGAAGGUGAGUUUGAGUUAAAUAUGUUGAUAAAAAUUCUUCGUGAUGUUGAAUUAGAGGAAUUUGAGAAGGCAGCAGCUAGAGCUUCCGAGAAGGGGGUGAAUCUUAAGCUUCUUGAUUUAAUGCAGCUUUCACUACUAAGACCUGAUGGACACCCGGGUCCGUAUAGACAUUUUUACCCAUUUGCGAAGAACAAAAAAGAAAAAGUUAUUAAUGACUGUUUGCACUGGUGUUUGCCUGGGCCGAUAGACUCUUGGAAUGAUGUGCUAAUGGAGAUGGUGGUAAAUGCUUGAGAAGGAUUAUCACAUUGAGUACUGAUUGAGUUUUCUCAGAGGCAAACGGACAGAUGAUCGAUCUCUACACUGUUAAUACUAAAUCAGAUUUUCAGGGCAUACCUGUCAGGUGUUAUCUCUCCCGUGAGUUUACUAUAUCGGCACUAAAUAGUCUGGAUGCAUAUUAUCAGAUAUCACCAGUUGGAGAAACUGAUGGUCAUUGUAAUACUCUUAUGUUGUUUCUUAUUCUUGUUAAUUAUAGUAAAUUUAAUUUGAAAUUCAA